AUGAACCAAUUGUUGUGUGAAAGUGGAGGACUUCAAAAUCCGAACUUCAAUCUCUUUUUCGUGCCAUGUGUAUCAAAGCAGUGGCGCGAUUGUCGCUCUAGGAAUGUCAAACUGAAGCUGGAGGUUGAUAAUAACAUCGUUGAAAAGCACCCAAAAGAGAAGAAAUGGCUAAAAGUGGUUCCCAACGUACCUGGAAUUCUUAUAUGUGAGGUAUCAUCGAAUCAAGGAAACAAAACCACAGAAACACUACUUCAGUCACAACAAAAUAUUGACAGUGAAACAAAAACAUACUUCAUCAUGCUGCUUCUAGCGAUCGCAACGAUAUUUCUCAUCCUGCUGAUUGUUAUUUGCAUCACGUGUGUUCAUAGAAAGUCGGCGGGAAAAAAUGGUGUCGAAGGUGGUCCACACUGCAGCGCAGAAGAUGUAAUAGCGAAAGUACAUCAAUUCCAACGACAGAAGGUACAACUUGUUGAGAAACUAGAACAGGGUGAGUACGGUGUGUGUUGGCAGGCAAUCGUGACUGGAGUUGCUGGUGAUCCCGCGAUGGAGAUACAAGUAAUGGCAAAGGAAGCUGCCGGGCAAUACGAUCAGCACGCACUGCUGACGGAACUCAAUACGUACGUACGUGUGGGACAUCACGUGAACAUCCUGAAUUUAUUAGGGAUCGUUAGGGAAAAUAUGGAGCAAGGGGAGCUUUACAUAAUAACGGAAUACUGUCGAUUUGGCAAUCUGAAAGAUUUUUUAGCCCAGAACCGGUAUGCAUUUCGCGACGAUAGUAGCAGUGAGCUUUUGGUGUAUGAUUCUGGUAACGCUUCAUCAAGCUCGUUCACUGCAAGACGCCCCUUUACCAAGCUGGAUCUGCUGAGCUGGUCGUAUCAAAUCGCAUGCGGUUUACAAUAUCUCGUAACCCGCGAGCUGGUGUAUGGUAAUCUGUCCGUUCGCAAUGCACUACUCGGUGAGGGUAAUAUAGUGAAGCUUAGUCACUUUGCUGUACCUCGCCGAGUGCAGUCCAGUAGUAAACUCACCCAAACGAACGUCCUGUCGCUAGAGCGCAUGGCUCCGGAAUGCCUUCAAAGUGGAACGAUUACUAGUAGCUCCGACGUGUGGUCGUACGGUGUACUGCUGUGGGAGUUGUUUACAUUGGGGUGUGAUCCUUGCUGGGGUAUGAUACCGCAUGGAAAUAUGGAGGGGAUAUUCGAGUGUGGAGUUAGUUUACCUCAACCGGAGUAUGCGAACGAUGAAGUGUAUCAAAUCAUGAGGAGCUGCUGGAAGCACGACCCUUUAGCGAGACCGUGCUUUACUGAGCUGUGCCACAAGUUGUACUUUAUGAUUCCAAGCAACCAUAUAAGAAAUUAUGAAGAGAUGCGAAAUGUGUACUCUUGCAUAAAUGCGGUAGACAGUGCAAUUUUGUAG